AUGGAGGUUGGAGAAAUUGUGAGGGAUCAUCCAAAUCUUAUUUUGAAUACUUCUGAACUUUCAAGGAGUGAUCCAGAAAAAGACAGCACUCCUUUCCAUAUUAUCGAAUGGGUGGAAAGUGCUCUGAAUACUUCUAAAAUAUCAGAAAUGUCUUUUCCAGAUAAUCCAAAUAAUUUAACACGAAAUCUUAUCAAUGGCUUCAUUGUCCUUAUUUGCAUUUUAGCCCUGGUAGGAAAUGGAAGAACCAUUUAUCUUCUGGCCUUUUCCAUUAAGAGGAAUUAUUUCACCACUUACAUCCUGAAUCUCUCCAUCGCUGAUUUUGGGGACCUCUCAUCCCUCAUUAUGGCAGCUAUAUUUGUGGGGGUGUCAACUCUUCAUAAAUUAAUUUAUGUUGUCCAAUUUUUUUUCUUCUUCUUUUUUGAGCUCUUUUCUUUCACCUAUUCUGCUACCCAGUUUCCGCUGAUGGCCAUCAGCCUGGACAGGUGUGUGGCUGUCCUCUUCCCACUCUGGCAUUGCUGCCAUCAUGUGCCAUAUUUCUCCACUCUUGUUUGUGGCCUUAUCUGGAUCCUCUCCUUCUUGCUCUCUGUAGUGCACUUCAUUCUCCACCAGACCAGAAGCUCUGGAAGUUCAUCUUUGCUUUACCAGCUGAUUGUGAAUGGUUUAUUUUGUACACCUCUCAUGGUUUUGUCUACUGUGACCCUCUGGAUUCACAUGAGGUCUAAAUCGCAACACAAUCAAAGGAAGUUCCUCACCACCAUCUUGCUGGCUCUCCUCUUCUUCCUCCUUUUUUCUCUCCCAAUGUAUGCCUCAUAUGUCAUUUAUUAUUUCAGUUUCCCUCAUCCUGUCCUCUUGACAACUGGAAUAGGAAAUGCUACUCUCAAGAGCAGCAUCAACCCACUCCUUUAUUUCUUCGUGGGGAGGAAGCAGAGGGGAAAGAGUCAGCCCAGAACAUCUUUGAAGGUGGUUCCUCAAAUACUCUUCAAGGAUGAGCAGCAGGGCAGCCUGGAGGAACAACAAGUUGCAAAGGAAGAACUUUCGUGA